UGAGAUAUGCUCACGAGGACAUCCAAUUAACAAUUUUAAUUAUCCAUAAACAUACAUAAUUGACCAUUUACAUGUAGAAAAUACUAGGGAUAGAUGAUUUGUGGGUCCACGGCUGCUCACUCCCUUUAAAAUCCAAUCGUUGAGAGCCUCUCAUACUUCAUCUUUGUAUUUUUGAUAUAUCAUCAUCAAUUCACAAAUCCCAUUUCUAUCAUCCCUUCACCUUUGUUGUUGCUCCUUUGGCAGGAUCUCCUUUUUGGAAAGAAAUUGAUAAUGGGUAGGAAAAAAAACGAGGACUGCCGGAAACACGUUACAGAAGGAGUAGAAAAUGGUCAUAAUUAUUGGAUAUGCAAUUAUUGUAAUGAGAAGUAUAGUGGAGGAGCUUCUAGAAUUGAAGCACAUCUGGGUUUGAAUGGCAAAGGAGGAGGCAUUAAGCCAUGCUCCAAAUAUCAUGAAGGAGUUUACAACAACAUGGCAUCCACUUCAAGUAAUCCACCACUUCAAGUGGCUGAAGGUGUUCCACAAGUGAUUGGCACUCAUACCAGAAGCUCGGUUAACCAUCCAAAUAAUGCUGAAAUCAUGAAUUUAUUUCAAGUGGUUGAAGGUGUUCCACAAGUGAUUGGCACUCAUAUAAGAAGUUUACUUAACCAUCAAAAUAAUGCUGAAAUCAUGAAUUUAUCUGAAGGUAUGAACAGUAGCGGUUGCAACAUAAGUGUUUAUGAGAGUGAGAUUAAUCAAUUAAAACAAUUGGUUAUUGAUUUGGAACGUGAUGAAAACGAUAUUGCAAAACAACUGCAAUCGUUGGAGUCUCGGGGCAAAAAACGCAAACCAGAAGUUGAUGAGUGGUUGGAAGAAUUACUAAAUUUGAAAGAAAGUGCAAAUGAGAUGAAUAGCUCAGAUGACAUUCAUGAGAUAAAUCAUUUCAUCGACAAUAUGAAACGACACAAGAAAAAGAAGCCUUUCACUUUGUCAACUGAAUUUGUCGGGGGGAGAUUAGAUGAAAAAAUCCAUAAAGUGUUGAAACAACUUGACGAUGAUAAAGUCUUUGUCAUUGGCAUAUAUGGAAUGGGAGGAGUAGGAAAAACUUUACAUGCAACUCUCGUGGAGAAUGAAGUAAAAAGGAAAGCAACUUUUAAGCAUGUGUUUUGGGUCACUGUUUCUCACAAUUAUAGCAUCUUAAAACUGCAACAUAAUAUAGCAAAAAGAAUAGGCUUGAAGCUUGAUGAAGAUGAUGAAAAAGUUAGAGCUGACAACUUAUCUUUGGCAUUGGAGAAAAAGGGAAAAUCAAUUCUUAUUUUGGAUGAUGUUUGGAAAUAUAUUGAUUUGAAGGAGGUGGGAAUUCAUCCAAAAGUAAAUGGCAUUAAAGUGAUUCUAACAACUCGUUUGAAACAUGUAUGUCACCAGAUGGAUUGCCAGCCAUGUGCUAUACUACAAAUAGAUCCUCUUGAUGGCCACAAUGAAGAUUGGGAGUUGUUUAUGCUAAAACUCGGACAUGAUGGAACACCUAAGAUAUUUCCAAAUGAAAUAGAAAAGAUUGCGAGAUGUAUUGUAGAGAGAUUUAAGGGUUUACCGCUUGCAAUCAAUGUUAUGGCUAGAACCAUGAAAGGGGUUGAUGACUUUCAUCAAUGGAAACAUGCACUAAAUAAACUUAGAAAAUUGGAAAUGGGGCAAGAGGUGGAAGAAGAAAUCUUCAAAGUAUUAAAACGUAGUUUUGAUAAUUUAAUGGAAAAGAACCUGCAAAAUUGUUUUUUGUAUUGUGCAUUAUUAUCAACUGGUACUUUAAUUGAAAAAGAUGAGUUGAUCAUGAAGUUAGUUGACAAUGGGCAAAUAAAUGGGAGUAUGUGUUUGGAAGAAAUAUUUGUUGAAGGGAAUACCAUAUUGAAUAAGCUUGAAUCCCAUUCUUUGAUUAGUUUAUAUGGUGAUUCUGUAGCCACACAUCAAAUGGUGAGAAAUAUGGCCUGUUAUAUAUUGAAACAGAGUAAGAGGGAUGCUAUAGUGAAGUUCAAAGACUGUGUGACCGAGAUACCUCUUUCACAUGAAUGGGCAGCUAACUUAGAAUUGGUUCAUAUGUGGGGUUGUGAUAUAGGACCAAUCCCAGAGGGCAUGUCACCUAAUUGUCCAAACUUGUCCACCUUGAUUAUAAAUAGAGUGUCCAUUAGUCAUGUUCCUGAGAGUUUUUUCAAAUAUAUGAAUAGUUUAUCAAUACUAGAUAUAUCCUAUAAUAAAAGGCUAGAAUCAUUGCCAAACUCUGUGAGUGAAUUGAGGUCUCUUAUUACUUUAGUGCUCAAAAGUUGUUAUUCAUUGAAACAUGUUCCACCAUUGGGAGAACUACAAGCAUUGUCAAGAUUGGUCAUUUCAAAAACUUCCAUUGAGGAAGCACCACAAGGAUUGGAAAAACUAAUCAAUUUGAAAUGGCUUGAUCUAUCUAGCAACGAGUGUUUAAAGGAUACAAGGUCUUUUUUAUCCAAUCUGACUAAAAUACAAUACCUCAAUCUCCAACAUACCAAUGCUUUGAUUAAAGUUGAAGAUAUUCAAAGGAUGAAUAUGUUAGAAUGUUUAGGAGGCGGCUUUGACUGCAAAGAUCACAAUCAAUACAUGCAAAAAAAUCUUGACAUGAGUUUUGGGCCCAAAAGCUAUAUUCUCACAUUUGCAAGUGUUUGGGGGGAAGAUGGUGUUAGUUUGAUAAGAUUUGAUUCUGAUGAUCCUGAAACUAAGACUAUGCAAUUUGGAGAUUGUGAUCAUUUCUCCCACAUACUGCCUAAUGACCUUACAUGUCUCUAUAUAGAUGACAAUAAUUGGGUUUGCUUAUGUGCUGCUCUUUCAUAUAACACUGCUUCUUCUUUGAGGCAAAUUGGAACUUAUGAUUGCAACCAAAUGGAGAGCUUGUUUUGUUUAUCAGGUUUUUGUUCCUUUUGCACCAUGAUUCACAACCUUGAAGUUUUGGAUCUUCAAAGACUGGAAAGUUUAACCAUUGUCUGUAAAGAAGUUUUUGGUGUUAGACAAUCUUUGACACAAGGUGGCAUAUUCUCUUGUCUCAAAAAAUUUAAUAUUUAUCAUUGCCAUUUGAUAGAGAAGUUGUUUAGACCACAAUUAGUUCAACAACUUCAAAAUCUGGAGACAAUAGACGUACAGCAUUGUUAUUCAAUGAAAGAGAUAUUUGUAGUGAGCAACAGUGAUGACAAUGACCAAUCCAUCAUUUCACUUCCUAAGUUGACCAGAUUAACCUUGUAUUAUUUACCAGAAUUGAAAAUCGUGUGCAAAGGGAGUAUAUCAUGUGGAUCUUCACCAAAAGUAGACAUCCAUGACUGUCCAAAUUUAGAAAGGUAUCCAACCAUUCAGAGAUGUUGAGAUUCCUGAUUUUUAGUCUGCGUUUUAAUUUUAAUUAAUGUCUGAUCACAUUUUGACGUUGAACUUUGUACAAAAUAUUAGAUUACUUUUUUUGUUUUUAAUAAAUUAUACAAUUUGUAUUCAGUU